AUGGUGAUCCUGUGUCGCCACGAUAUACCCCUAUUCCUCGUUAACGUCCAGAUGGCCGGUGAGAAACAGCACUACCUUUUCGCGCUCGUUGCAAAAUUCUUUGAGCACGUCCCGGGCUCAUGGCGGGUUGGAAUAUUGUAUGACAUAGGAUGUCAGGGAGAUCAUACCCUGAAGAAAUACAACAUUGCUCCGGAGUGGAGAUCUCGAAUCGCGUGGGGUGUCUCCAUUUUCCAUGCAUAUGGUCACCAGUAUGCCUGUCAGCUUUGGUACCAUCCACGUAAAUCGGAGCUUUGGGGCCUCACGGAUGGUGAAGGUUGUGAGAGGGUGUGGAGCCAGCUGCGACAGUUGAUACCAGGCCUUCGAGUUACUGGCCAUUAUCAUCGCCUCUUUCUAAUUGAUGUCCAGGUUGAGCACAUUGAGUCCAUGAAGUCCCCUGACUCUGGAAAAUGGCUUUGA